UAUUUUCAUACUAUACCUACUAUAACUUUUAUAAAUUGUGAGAAAAUCUAUUUUGUUUUAGAUAAUGGGAAAACAUCCUUAAAUUAUCUCUUAAAGGGAAACAUGAGUUACAGACCCAACUCUGGCUCAAAAUUUCCUUCAGGACAUAGAAGAUCUGAAUCUGUAGGUCACCAACGUAAUUCCAGCAACUCUGGUCAUAACAGAUCUGACUCAGGCCACAGUUUAAAUUUUGACCGUGAAGAAAGAAAACAGGGACACCAUCAAUCCAAAUUUGUGCAUGAGAAGGAUUCCAAUGUAGCGGGAGGUACGUUUUUCCGAAUAGACGAUCUUGAAAUAUUUACUUACGUUCCAUUUGUUUUAGUAUCCAACCGAUUGGAAUUCCAUUCAAAUAUCCAGUCAAGUGAACGCCGUUGUACAAGACCAACUUCACUUUAUCCUUUGAAGACAAAUGAUAGCGGCAUAAUUGGGCAUGAUGUUCUUCAGCCAGAAAGGGAACCUAUUCACUUUGAUAUUAUGUUGGUUGGAGCGCCACCCGAGGUUGAACAAUUGGUUGAUAACAUUAAACGAGUUGCAGAACAUUUUCUUUACCAUUGGAAGACUUUUCCUAUAAUUCUUCCUAAUCCAGUAUCUCACUGUGAUUCAUUCUCAUCAUCACAAAUAUCUUCAGAUGGUUCGUUAGGUAGAAUGAAAACCAAGUUCCACUUGCGGGAUUUAUUUAUAGCACCUUCAUUUGACGAGUUAGAUGCUGUUGCUGUUGAUGGCAAAGGAGAACCUAGGAAGUUAACAGGAAAGCAGUUAGAAUAUAUCAGGGAAAGGGGUGAAUUUGAAGUAGAGUCGUUAAAUUUUCCUGGCCAACAACAUCGAUGGAAGCUUUCCCAACUUUUACAGAAAGGAACAGAGAAUAGCCAUGAUUCCUUGUUAAAUGAUUUAGCUCUAGCACUACGUUUUAUAGUUGUGACAGCUAAGGGAAGACUUAUUUCUCACUUCUUCAGCAUUUCACAGGCAGUUAAAGCUUUACUUUUAGGAUUCUUACGUAUUUUAGAUGUUUUAAUUGGUAUCCCAAGUCUACAAACCCAUAAUUUAGAAGCUAAAAUUCGCGAAGAAAGGAACAAAUAUUUAGUGGCUGAAUUAGUGUGUAGGCCCGAAAAUGAAGAUUCUUUAGAAUUAUUAUGUUCAUACAUUCGUAAGCAAUUGCGACGAGCAGCUAUGGAAAAAUUUGAGGUAGCAAGAGAAUGUUCACAACCCCCUGUAGCCCUUCCGUAUAGAUUUUUAACACCAUCUGGUUCAGAAUUAGAUUUAAGAUUAUGGGACAGAGGUUUAAUGAGAAAAGCUUUACCUGUGCUCAUAUCUAUAUUAGAAAGAGAGACAAGGGGAUGGUUUUUACAUUUUCGUGAAAGACUGAUUGCAGAACUUCGAGCUCAGAAAAUGCCCGAUGAUGAUAUACAAAAGGUCAGUGGAUAAUAUUAAUUUUAUAAUUAAUAUGUAUUCUAUUCAAGUAUGCUUAAAAAUAAAUUUGCAUUUGCUGUUAAAGCAGUUACAUUAGCCUUAAAUUGUUUUAGAUUUAAAUUUUAAAGGCCAUUUGAACAAAGCGUUUAA